AUGCUCCAAACAACCUGCAUUUUAUUAAUCUUUGUUCUGUGUUCGUUUUCGCCGUUUGGAACAGCAAUGCUGAACCUAACUCUUCCCGGUCAACAUCCUGACCCUGAAGCUGUUGCUCACGAAGUUCAUAGGAAGGUUAAUGCUUCAAUUGCAAGAAGGGAAAUGCUAGCAAUUUCACUGAAAGAUGAGUCGUCGUGCCUAACAGGGAACCCCAUCGACGAUUGUUGGAAAUGCGACCCAGAUUGGCCCAACAAUCGCCAGAGGCUAGCUGAUUGUGCCAUUGGGUUCGGUCAAUAUGCAAAAGGAGGGAAAGGUGGUGAGUUUUACAUAGUGACAGACUCAUCAGAUAAUGAUGCUGUGAACCCAAAACCAGGAACGCUGAGAUACGCAGUGAUACAGAAUGAGCCACUGUGGAUAGUGUUCCCAAGUAACAUGAUGAUUAAGCUUUCUCAGGAACUGAUAUUUAACAGCUACAAGACACUUGAUGGGCGAGGUGCUGAUGUGCACAUUGUUGGAGGAGGGUGCAUCACUUUGCAGUAUAUAAGCAACAUCAUCAUACACAACAUUCACGUCCAUCAUUGUCAUCCCUCAGGAAACACAAACGUGAGGUCGAGUCCAGAGCACUACGGGUAUCGUACGUUAUCAGACGGAGACGGAAUAUCCUUAUUCGGAGCGAAGGACAUAUGGAUAGACCACUGCACGCUUUCACGGUGCAAGGACGGACUCAUAGACGCCAUUAUGGGGUCCACUGGGAUAACAAUAUCCAACAACUUCAUGUCACACCACAACGAGGUCAUGCUUCUUGGACACAGCGAUGACUAUCUACCAGACUCAGGUAUGCAAGUCACCAUCGCCUUCAACCACUUCGGUGAGAAGCUCGUUCAGAGGAUGCCACGUUGCAGGAGGGGUUACAUUCACGUCGUCAACAACGACUUCACACAGUGGGAGAUGUACGCCAUUGGUGGAAGCGGUGAACCCACCAUUAACAGCCAGGGGAACCGUUACACCGCACCGACCAACACUUUCGCUAAGGAAGUCACUAAGAGGGUUGAUACCGAUCAAGGCAAGUGGAAGGGUUGGAAUUGGAGAUCAGAGGGUGACAUCAUGGUCAAUGGUGCUUUCUUCGUUGCUUCGGGUGAAGGUGUUGAGGUUAAGUACGAGAAGGCCUACAGCGUUGAACCUAAAUCCGCCGACCGCAUUGCUCUCCUCACCAUGUCCGCCGGCGUUCUCGGUGUUGCCAGGGACAACAACCUCGGAAUGUGGAGCAGAGGAUCCGACGGUGGAGGUGAUGGUAUUUUAGAGUCCGGUCCGGAGUACACCGACGAUAUGUCCACGACUGCAAGGUCAGUUGACUUCCUCAAUGAUCAAAUUACUCAAAUCUUGCAACUUCCACCUAGAGCCGAUAAAACGAGCUCGACUUGGCGGGUCAACCAGCCCAACCCGCCAAAUGGAGCGGAACGGACUGAGUUUUUCAACUCAUCUCAAAAGCAGAGCGGGACAGACUCAUUUUUUGACGAGUUGAUAACGGAUAUACAUAGGCCGAGACGGGUCAGUGUAAAAUAG